GGCGGCUGCGCCCUCCCGCCGCCGCGAGCCGUGAGGGGGCGCGCGGAACGCCGGCGCGGGGCGGCUGCCGUUUUCUGGUGUGCUUCCCUGUGCCACCCACAGGGCUGGGUGGAGGAGCACCAAGCGACUGGGAGCUUCAGAUUGAAGGUUUCCAGUCUAGCCUGGGGCAUGCGCCGCCUGCGUACAGUAAUGAUAACGCUCUCCGGAAGAUUCUGGAAAGUCUGCAGAGCCACAAGCUGCUUUCAUCUGGAAUUGCAUGCUUGUAGGAGAAGGAAAACAAGACAGUGAGGCUUUCAUACAAAAUCCUGUGUUGCAGAGCAAGAACUUCUAAAGUGGAAUGGCUGGGGAUAUAAUGACUCCAAAUUCAUAUUCAAUAAGAAGGGUCAAGCAGAAUUCACAGGAAGAAGGUACAGGUUAGGUGGUAUGGUAUUACCAACUUUUAAGGAAUGGAUAGAAAAAACCUUUGGAGCAAGUCUGGAGCACAAAUCUACCUCUAGAGCAUCCUUAAAUGUUAAUGAUGUACCUCCAUCUAUUGUAAAUGAAGAAUUCCUUCAGGAUCUUAUAGCCACUAAAAUAUCAUAUUCACAGGAUGCAGAAGAUAGGGUAUUCAGAGCUCAUGGUCACUGCCUACAUGAGAUAUUUGCACUCAGGGAAGGAAUUUUUAGGCGAAUUCCUGAUAUAGUUGUCUGGCCUGUUUGCCAUGAAGAUGUAGUUAAAAUUGUGGAGUUAGCCUGUAAGCACAGUGUCUGCAUAAUACCAUUUGGUGGAGGAACGAGUGUUUCUAGUGCUCUUGAAUGUCCUGAGGAGGAAAAAAGAACAAUUGUCUCCUUGGACACAUCGCAAAUGAAUCGGAUUCUCUGGAUAGAUGAGAAAAACUUAACAGCUUGUGUAGAAGCUGGCAUUGUUGGACAAGAUUUAGAAAAACAGCUUGCUGAAAGUGGCUUCUGUACAGGCCAUGAACCAGAUUCUAUGGAAUUCAGUUCCCUAGGAGGAUGGGUGGCAACACGAGCAUCAGGCAUGAAGAAAAAUAUCUAUGGAAACAUUGAAGAUCUGGUGAUUCAUAUAAAAAUGGUAACUCCUAGAGGAAUAGUAGAAAAAAAUUGUCAAGUACCUCGCAUGUCAACAGGACCUGACAUCCAUCACUUCAUUAUGGGAUCUGAAGGAACUCUUGGAGUGGUUACUGAAGUUACAAUAAAGAUUCGCCCAGUCCCUGAGUACCAGAAGUAUGGCUCUGUGGUCUUCCCCAACUUUGAAAGAGGGGUAGCCUGCUUAAGGGAAGUGGCAAAGCAGAGAUGUGCUCCUGCAUCAAUUCGCCUUGUGGACAAUGCACAGUUUCAGUUUGGUCAUGCUCUUAAACCACAAGUUGCUUCCAUUUUUACAUCAUUUUUAGAUGGACUGAAAAAGUUCUACAUCACAAAGUUUAAAGGAUUUGAUCCCAAUGUACUGUGUGUAGCUACCUUACUCUUUGAGGGUGACAGAGAGAAGGUUCUUCAGCAUGAAAAGCAAGUUUAUGAUAUUGCCACCAAGUUUGGUGGCUUGGCAGCUGGAGAAGACAAUGGACAGAGAGGAUAUAUGCUGACAUUUGUUAUUGCUUACCUUCGGGACCUGGGCCUGGAUUACUAUAUAAUAGGAGAAUCAUUUGAGACAUCUGUUCCUUGGGAUAGGGUUUUAGACCUCUGUAGGAAUGUAAAGGAAAGGAUAGUAAGAGAAUGUAAAGAAAAGGGUGUCCAGUUUGCUCCUUUUUCCACCUGCAGGGUGACACAGACUUACGAUGCAGGUGCAUGUGUCUACUUCUACUUUGCCUUUAACUACAGAGGAAUUAGUGAUCCUAUUCAUGUGUAUGAACAAAUUGAGAGGGCAGCUAGAGAAGAAAUACUUGCCAAUGGAGGAAGUCUGUCACAUCACCAUGGAGUAGGCAAAUUGCGGAAGCGCUGGAUGAAGGAGAGCAUCUCUGAUGUCGGCUUGGGAAUGCUGAGAUCCAUUAAAGAAUACGUGGACCCCAAUAACAUCUUUGGAAACAAAAACCUUUUAUAAAGCCCUGUACAACAUGAUGUACUAAAACUUCAAAAUUGCUGUUGAAAUUCCUUCAUUUUCAUUGUACUGAUAUCCCAGUAAUCAAAUAUAACAUAGACUAAACUUUAAGGCUACUAUAUUACUUUGUCUUUUCCCUUCCAAUAAAGUGGAAUGAAUUCCUUCAUUCAUUGAUAAUGUUUAUGGAUUUUUACUUACACUGCUUCUAAACUCUUGAACAACCCACUGGGCACAUCAAAGUAUAUUGCCAACCAGGAAAUGCAAAUUUGGUUUUCCAAGUUUGCUUAGGCAACACAGCUGAAAGUAUUUUCUGUGCUGGAUGCAGCCAGCUGCUUCUUACUAAAGCAUCCCCUGCAAGGAGAACAAAGAUUGACAAUGGUGUUGUCUACAGAAGCAGCUGCUCAAUGCAGCCCCUUGCUAAAGGAAAGCUACUAGGAGACAGAUGAGAUUACACCAAGAAGUACUUCUAUGCUGAAGAAUUAAGUGUAUAAUAGACUUGUAAUCAGCAACCCUUUAAAGCACAAAUGUAGGCUUUGAUCGUAAGAGACAGGAUUAAGUCAAACUACUUCUAAAAAAAAAAACUCUGCAGUCACCUACCUUAGCACUACUGAAAAUCUUAAUGUGUUCUGAGUUGUAUUUGCAUUGCUGGGAUAAUCUGCUUAAAUUAAUCUUAGGUAAGUCACUGAAGUUUUGUACAAUGGACAUUUCUCACUGUAUGUUGAAAACAGGUUUGUAACAUAAAACUUUGCCUUCAUCUGUACUACAGUCCUUGUGUGUAUGGUUUUGCUUCUGUUUUGUUUUGCAGAGAUGCAAAACACCUUUUUCAGUUGAAAUGUUUUAGCUAUUCAAAUGAAACUGUUUGCCCAGCACUGUCUUUUUGAAACAGUCUCAACAGUUUUACUAAGCUUAAGUGGACAACAUACUGUCAUCCUAAAAGUGCAGUUUCCCAUUUUAAUUUUGUACAGUUUCCUAUGACCUUUAUGAAUUGUUUGUUUACUUCACUGGUAGCCACAAAUGUAAUUGUCCAUUUAACUUUAGGAGAAAAUUUUCUUGAGUACAGUAUGUGAGUAAGCAUUUUUACAUUGAAACUUGAAUCUUAAUCAGUAAAACUAGAAGUAUUUGUCAAUACUCAUGAUCCAUUUUUAAGGUGGGUUCUUUUCUUAAAGCAAAUUAUCCAACUUUUUGAUAAAGUAUAUGAUCACAUAAGUAAACAAAAUACAGACUGUCCUUUGAGGACACUGUCUCUCUAGGCAACUGCUUCACUGCUCUGUAGUGACAGUUUGAGCACCUUUUGUAUUGGUAGUGCCCUUAACAAGGAGAAAAAGAUGAAAUUGCAAUUCUGUUUUUAAACUAUUUUAGGAUACUGUCUAAUUAGUUCUCAAUUUUGGUAAUACACCAUAAAGUAGGAUAUACAUGCUUGAAGAAUACUGCAUAUCAAACAACUUUGAAACUGCUUAAAUUUCAAGUAUGUAAUUAAAAUCAUCUAAAAAUCAUGAACAGUCAAAACAUCACUUUAAAAUGCAUGUGACUGAUGCCACAUCAAAGCCUUUUAUGAUCCACAGGUCAUAAAAUAGGAUGCUAAGAUGGUAUUUGUCAUGCAGUUAGAUUUAUUUCUAAUAGUCUUUGUUUCAUAACACUUCGAUAUAUAAAAAAAAUCUAGUCUUCUGCAUUUUUUGUUCUUAGUAUUUUGGCCCACAGAGCUCAUACUUCAGCAGCACCCGAAACGAUGGUAUCUGUAGUCCGUUUUAGGAAACUGAUUCCUGGCACUGUGGUUAAGUGUUCCUUAUUCGAUAUGUGCACAAUGGCUGUCUCAGCAAAGUGAGUCUGCGCACGUUUCUGCAGGAGACUUCUUCAUUUUGCAUGCUGCACAACAGUGAUUAUUUGGCCACGGCUGGAAUCUUGCUGAUGGCCAGUGUCACUGAAAUAGAGACCUUUCUAGGAGCUGGUAAAUAUGGGUGGGUUUUUUUUUAUGUGCCUCAGUGAAAGCAUGGUAUGCUGACAUGAAAUAAUCGGAUUUGAAGGAAAUUGUGUGGAUAACCAGAAGCAUUUUUGCACAAUGACAGCACAAGCAGAACUAAAACAAGUCAUUAUAGCUCAGUAAUACACUUGUCUCUUAAGAUGUUGUAGACUUAUUUGACUUUAAGCAUUACUAUGUAGUACUUUUAAAGUACUACAUAGAAGGUACAACUUCCUCCCUAACUCUUAACUUCCUAACUAUGGUUUUCCCAAACUGUUUUAUUGAAGUUACACAGCCAAAAACUCUUUAUGCCCUUUAUUUUCAAUCUUUAAAUAGCCAGCGGCUUCUGAAAUUUCACUGCACAUCAAUUUUCCUAUGGCAAGGUGAAAUAACAGAUUAUAGAAGUCCUACAGAUAUAAUGCAGGAUAAUCCCAGGGAAAGGAUUAACUGCAAAUGUAAUAGAUAGCUGUCGGCCAGCCAUUAGAGAAAAAGGUGUCUUCCUAAAUAUUUUUCUGUCGUAUGAACUGUUUGGAGCUUAGUGAAAUCCUACAGUUGAAAUGCAGAUUUUAUUGGCUGUCUUUAAUUCUUUCCCUUUUAAACAUGUAAUGAAAAUGGAGAAACAUGCAGUACAAAGACAGGAGGGAGGCCUAGAUACACACAGGUCAUUAGCCCUUUAAAAGAAAUCUUCCCUCUUCUAAUAGCGAAUUAAGUCUUCCACCUCUCUUCCUUCUCCGUUUUCCUCAUACGGGCUACGCUUCCCAUAGCUGCAGCCUGUUCAGAGGUGGAGUUUCUUCCAUGCAGGUCGGAAGCGUAUCCUGGCAAAGCAUCUUUCUUUUUCAUUUGACUACUUUGGCCGUGAGUAAGAUACAAGUUUAACUUGUUGUGACUUGCAAGUACACAGCUACUGUUUUCCCCCCCCCUUUAAAGGCAAGAAAGAUGCAGAAUGAAUAUGCUUGACUAAGUGUAUUUCCAUUAGACACACCUUUAUAAAAGUUUGAAAGAGAAUGUCAUCAGAGAACAUAUGUUAGAAAUUAACACAGAGUCUAGAUCUUAAAGAAAAGCACGUCAUUUUGUGAUUUUAAUACUGUGGAUGUUACUACUUACAGUAUAUUGGUUACAUUGGAGAUGUCAUCUUUGCUUUACAGCUGGGAACGUAGGCCAGGCCGAAUAGUUCUUCCAUAGCGAUGUAAAUUAAUUGAAACCAACCUCAGAGGCAGGGAUAUGCUAGCAUUGAAAUCCAGAAAACACAAACUGUUUCUCAGUCUUGGAAAAUGUACGCUUAUCAAGGUUGUAAUUCAACUUUCUGCUAGUAAAGCCAAACGGUGUUUGUCAUUCUAGUGUGAGACUAACUGUAAAACUGCAGUUGUAAUGUUAAGAGAUUAUCAAACCUUAUGUCAUUAAUAAAAAUAAUGGGCCUAAACCAUUAUGUGUUUUUGUGCUGAAACUAAAAAAUAUGUUCCCCACACUUGUCACUUUGGUUCAUCGUAACUUGGUGGUAAACUUCUGAGGAAAAUUAAUAGGAAGGUUUUUGUAUUUGUAGAGAGAAAGGAGAUUAAUUUGAAAAGAUAUGCUGAUAGAAGAUUUAUUUUUGCAUGCUGUUUAAAGCAGAAUAUUAAGAUAGUAGAUUUUCAGUAAAGGAAAGUGAAAACAAUACUUGGCUUCUGUUGGAUUAUGUAAAUUUGUUGGUCUGCUCAGUUCAGAGGUUUCUCUUCCCCCGUUCUCCCUGUUUGUACAGCAGAGUGACUUUCUGCUCUUGGGAAGCUCAGUGUAUGCGACGCAGGAGAACACCUUAUUUUAGCUUCCCCUUGUUCAAAGGCUUGUUGGGUUAAGUGAUUGCACCAGCUAUGACUUUAGUUUCCUGCUGUUGCAUGUAUUUGUGAUAAGAACUAUUUGUUAAAGCUCCAUAAAUCUCUAUUUGAAAGUUUUGUGCGCAUGAAUAUGCGCAUACAAGCAAAAGCUUAUUUCAGUUAUUUCUCCUUGCUAUAUUUUAUUAUGUCCUUUAAGCUAAAAUGACUGAAAUUGCAUCUUGCUAAAAGGUCUGUUGCGUUGUCUUAUGCUAAUGCAGUUUCAUUAAUUCACUUCAUUUUAAAACUGCAGAAAGCAUUGUAGGCGGAGAACAGGAGAUGCAAUGGUGUGCUUUAAUUUGGAGAAUUAUAAAUGGCAAUAUUGCACUGUUAUCUACAAUUUUUUGGGGUGUAGUUUCUCACAGGAAGGAGGAAAAUUACCUGAUAUUUAGGCAUUAUUUGUAUGUUUCCUUCUCAUCAGCAGCAUAAAAAUGCAGUGGUUUUGUUUAGUUUUGAUCUAGUUACUCUCUACACAGAGCAGUUCUUGGGCGAUGUGUAAUACUUCUCUCAGGAUGAGACCAGUCUCAUUAACGUCCUCUUCAUUUUUAAACAAAAAUCCUGCAUUUUAUAAAAAGCUGGAUCUGAACUGGCAGCUGCAUAAAUACUGUAGCUUGCUGUGCAUGGUUUCUCAGUCCCAAAGCUGACUCAGUCCUACAUUAUCUUUGAAGAAAAUUGGUGUCUCUCCCUCGGUGGUUUGUGGAGACCGUACUUGGCAGGUGAUUACUUUGUUCGUGCUCAGCUUUCGGGUCUCCCGUGGUGCUCAAGUGCUGAGGUGGCCAAAGCUUUUUCCAAAACUGUUUGGCAUACUGUCAAAUAUAUCCAUACUGUCAGUUUGAAAUUUAAAACUUACUGUUUCAAAAUAUGAGAACUUCAUUUUAAAUCUUAUUGUUACCUGCAGUAUUUACCAAUACAAGUUGCAAUAACAUGUACCUCUUCUGAAAUGCUGUGAAAUAUUUUAUUUAUGAAGUUGUUUUUGCACUUUUGAAAAACUAAACUUUUUUAAUGGGAACCUUUAUGAAUGUUUCAUUUUGAUUCAGAAUAAAGCUAAAUUUGUUUUAGCUGACUGUUGAGAAACUCCAGUAAAAUAAUUCUGUUUGGGGAGCAUCCAGUCCAUUUCUACCUUCAUGAUAAAAGCAUGGGGACAUAACAGCUUUUGAAAGACUAAUUUGUUGUAGUGCUGUAAAGUAUCUCAUAGCAGCCUUUUGUCUGUGAAAUAGAAGCGUUGAUCAGAGCAACGUAUGUAUACCAGAAGAUGAUGGACACAAUCUGAUGAUGUGACUGUAAUUGUAUAAAGCAUAAACUUCUAGGAGUUCAGAUUAAAUCAUAAAUCAGAAAAGUGACAAA